GUAAUGGGCCUCAUAUCGUAUUGGGCCUAUUUUGUAGCCCAUGUGUCUAUUUUAGUAAUUAUCCCUCCUUGAGAUUUAUCAAAGCGUUGUGGUUUGUGGUUAUCAAAUCAAAACCUUUGAUAAUGGGAGUUUCAGUUUCGGAGAUAAGUUGGAGUUGGAGGUUUAUGCAUCUAAGGCAGAGGGUUAACCCAUCACCAAACACGCCCUUGUUCCUCCCAAACCCAAUGCCAAUUUGCUUCGCCACAACGACCUCGUCUUCUUCCCUUGUGCCUCGAGCUUUGGGCCCCAAAAGAGAAGAUCAAAAUUCCAUCACUUCUCCACAAGAGGAUUUAGCGUACGUGGGAAAGCUAGUGGUGGGAUCUUUUGUGGGUGCGGGUGCAAUCAAGUAUGGGAGCGCAAUUUUCCCUGAGAUAACCACUCCCAAUAUUGUUCUGGCUCUUGCCAUAAUCUUAACUCCUGUGCUUGUUGCUGUUUUUCUUUUGAUCAAGGAAAGUCGAAAGCCAUAGGCACGUAAUGAAAGCUGAUAAAAGCAACCUCAGCUCCCAUUUGAGUAAAUUACACAUUUGCAUAAAAUGGAUAUUAAAGCCAACUGUAAUAAUACUGAUAAAUGAA